AUGAACUUUUGGCAAUCAACACAUUACUUGUACUGGAUGAAAGACGUGACCAAAUGCGACCUGCGAAAGAGGAACCCACAGGAUCGCAAACAUUUGACGGACGACGAGAUCGACAGCAUUCACCUCGCCAACAUAUCGUUGCUGGAGGAGAUUGGGCCUCGCUUAAGGGUCCGUCAGAUCAUCAUUUAUACUGCCAUUAUCUUCUACCGUCGCUUUUAUCAGACACAGAGUUUUGUAAACUUUGAUCCCCACCUUGUUGUUGGAACGGUAUUCUUCCUAGCGUCCAAAGUUGAGGAAAGUCAGUUGUCAUUGACAACAGUUGCGUCUGUUCUACACCAUUAUACUACGACCGGCGUCGAUGAAGACGAAUCAAUGUACACGUUUCAGGACAAGGACAUCCUAGAAUGCGAAUUCUAUGUCAUCGAGGCUUUGCAAUUUGACCUAAUCUUGCACCAUCCGUUCCCGCCGCUACUCCAACUCUUGGACGAAUUUGAUAUCCACGAGGAAUGUCUUCAGCUUGCGUGGCAGCUUGUACAAUACUCAUAUCGCACGGACAUCAUCCUCUUGUAUCCACCUUUUAUGGUGGCUUACGCAUCUGCAUUUAUCUCAUGUCGAGAUGCAGGCUACGAUGCUUUACAAGUGUUUGCCACUGUAAACAUAAAAAAGGAUUUGUUGCUCAAGGUCGUCAGUGAAUUUCAGGAAGCUGUUGAAGAAGAGAAAAGGUUGUACACGGUACAGGCCACAGCCUUUGAGAAGCUGGAAGAUAUCAUUCCUGACGCAUCUGCAGGUGAGGUGGAAGCUACUGUAGGUGCUUCUGCUGGAAAGUGA